AUGAAUGAUACUCUCUGGUCGAGAGAGGAGCACCAUCUAGCCGAACUGCUUACCGUGCCCGCUGAUAACUACGACUGGGCACUGGCUGAAGAAUGCGAUUUGGAUAAAGCCACCCGCAGCCUCGUCGAGAUUGAUUGGCGACAGUCUGACUCUCCUCUUGGAUCUCUGAGUGACGAGAUCGAGGACCUGUUUGGUCAAGUCCACUUUCACCGGGACGGUUCGGCAGAGUCUCUGACAGCCAAGCCUCCGUCGUACGUUCGCAUUCUCUACACGCCAUCCGACAAAGACCCACAGCCAUUCAAGUCGCUGCAGGUCAUUCAAUUCUUGGAUGAGAGCGAGCCCGACGAGGAUGCCCCAGAUGACGGGGCAGGCUAUCGGGUCAACCGCUACGUGCUGGCGGCCGCGGUCCGCCUGUGA